AUGGACCAAACACACGCUCGUGCCCUGGAGGCUCUACAGCCCUUCGUCGCCCUAGCUACAUCAAACAGUGCAACAUCACCUCGAUUCGUGGCCAACAUUGUCACAAAUGCCACCUCUGCACCCCAAACAUACGUCUUCGCCGAGCUGCUUGAGACCCCAACGAUCCAGACUCUAGCGGGCCCCAAUACCCCCGCCGAGUAUCAGGGCUACUUCAAGCUGCUCGAGAUCUUUGCAUGGGGUACAUGGCAGGAUUACCAAGAAACCCCCAAUCUCCCAAAACUAAGCGCCGAACAAACCCUCAAACUCCGCCUUCUCUCCCUCCUCACCCUCGCCUCAACCACAAAGCCCCUCACCUAUCAAGCCCUCAUGAAGUCCCUCUCCCUCUCCACAUCCGCCGACCUCGAAUCCCUCGUCACAACCGCCAUCUACGCAAACCUAAUCACCGCCCGUGUCUCCCCAGCAUCAACCCCACCUACCAUAAACGUGACCUCCGUGGCACCGCUCCGCGACGUACCACCCCAAUCCCUGCCUAAAAUGGUCACUCUCCUCACGGAUUGGGAGUCCCGCUGCGGUGAGGUCGUGGCGGAUCUGGAAACCGAAAUCGCCCGGGUCAAGGCGAAUGCCCAGAAACGCUAUGCCAAGGAACAGGCGUACCGGGAGCGGUUGGAGGAUGCGGUGCAGCGGCGACAGGCUGAGACGGCGCGGGAUGGUGGGAAUAGUGAGGAUGGACGUGCCGGUAAGUCCGGGUUUGGGCGGGGAGUUGAUCGUAUGGCUUUUGGAUUGGGGCGCAAUAAGCGGGAAGCUGAUGAUUUUGAUGAGGAUGAUGGCUUUGUGUCUGGUGACAAUGGGGAGUCUUCCUCGCGUAUGGAUAUUGACGAAGGCUCUGGUGUGGGCCGGGGAGGGAGCAGGCAGACGAAGCGAGUUGUCGGACGGAAGACUUAG